CUUUAUUUUAGUAAGUUGAGUUCCUGUUAUAAAACUAGCUUCCUUCAAGGGGCUAAUUCCUGGUUUGGCUUGAUUUAUUGUGCGAAACUCGGAGUUUAUAUUCGCCCUCUCCUUACAUAUAGAAUAGCAUCUAAAAGAACCUUUUAGUGCCAGAUAGAAAAGGAUCAUGAAAAAAGUAGUGGACUUCACAGGAAAAAAGAGCGAAAUAGAAAGAAAAGUUCGGAAAGCUACUUCCAAUAAGUCGCAUACACCCCUCAGAUCGCAGUUAGUUGAAAUUGCUUGGGGGACUUAUGAUAAUUACCAGCUACCCUGUAUAAUGAAGGCCAUUUGGAAACGAUUAGAUGAGCCAAGGAAACACUGGCGUCAUAUUUAUAAAGCUUUACACCUUUUAGACUUUAUACUAAAACACGGCUCCUAUAAUGCUGUCCGUUCCGCUAUAGAAAAUAUAUAUAAGAUUACUACUUUACGAGAGUUUACUUUGGCGGAAAAGAAUGUUGAUUUAGGCGAAAACAUUAGAUUAAAGGCGAAGAACAUUGUUUGGCUACUUACAAAUCAAGAUGAACUAAAGAAAGAGAGAGACACUUUAAAAAAAGAACGUAAAAAAAUAAAAGAAACGUACGGACUUUAUGAAGCCCAGUUCCGCUCCGCUGAUUUGCAUUUACAACCGCGUAGCCGUAGGAAAAGUCUCGAAGAGGAACAGCUACGAAAAGCACUAGACGAAAGUAAAAAGGAAUAUGAAGAACAGAAGAAUCGCGAACAGAAGACUGACUCCUUUGAUCAAGAUCUUCAAACAGCUCUUAUUUUAAGCCGCUUGGAACAUAUGAAAUCCCAAAGGAGCUGCAGCGCGAACAAUUCACUGAGCGAUUUUCUUCAUAACGCGGCGGUCAGCAACCCACAAGAAGAUUCCCCCAAAAGACUGUCGCAAACCGAAGAUUUGAUCGAUCUUUCUUCCUUUUGUGAUCAUGAGAAACCGAUGCCCGCCACCUCCCUUGAAGCGUGGAACAGAAGCGCCUACUCGAUGGCAGGCUUGCCGCAGGAAAGUGGUAAGAGCACGUCGAGCAGCAGUAGCACUUCUCUUGAUACCACUACAUGGGGAGUUGGAAAGUCGAUGCAGUGGGGGCUGGCUGACAGCAGCGGCGAGAGACGCGAGGAAGAAGACGAGUUUACCGCCAUCUCUUCUUCAGGGCGGCUUUCCUCGCACCAUCCGGUUUGUGUUACGCUUUUCUUAGAGAAUGUGAUUUGCUUAUUUCCCUCUCUUUCCUUACGGCACUGGCGCUUCGCAAGAAUCUUCCCAGGAGUGCCCCUCCGAACCCGCUACUAUGGACAGAGAGGGCCAAGAACCUUGUUAACCUCGACACACUUCGGCCCGCCGCUUGUAGCAGUUCCUUCGGGCGGAAUCCCUUCACUGUCGACUCCAGCGACGCCGCACGUUUUCUUCUAGGACUCUCGUCCUAAUAAAAACCCAUUUUUGAACUUUUCGCCUCCCAGCGAGAAGGAAGCGGUAUCCUAUUCUUCAGUGCAAGGAAGAAAAUCCCCGUCUUCUGAAGAGUAUGACCCUCCUGGUGACUCAUUAUUUCCCUUUACGGACGUUAAACCAGCGCGAAAAGUUCCUGAUCCUUGGUUUUGACGUGCGCGUGAAUCUCUAGUGCACCACUAGAAGCUGUCGUUCAGAAUCUCGUAAUACCUACCUAAAAAUA